UGGGAAGUGAAGCAAAAACGAGAAGGAAAUGGGAAGCAACUGGUUGAUUCAGUGUAUGAGUGUUAGUCGUCCAAUCCACACCGCACUUUUCUUCUCCUUCAAACGCCUCAACAUUCCCUUCACAACCUCCACCCUCUUCUUCCCCACCACCACUACCACAUCGUCAGCCCGCUUUUCUUCCUUUCCUUCUCCAUCGGCUUCAGCUAACUUGGAUAAUGGCAAAGUGGGUAAAGUUGGUUUACCUCAGCUGGAUGUUUUGAAGCAGAAAAUGGAGCUUCUUGGGAUAAUCUGCACCCAUUCUUGUGUCCCUGGACACUACUAUAAUCUUCUUUGUCCAAAGUGCAAAGGUGGGCAGUCAAUGGAGAGAAGUUUAUCUCUACACAUCGAGCAAAACGGGGAUUUUGCAAUGUGGAGGUGCUUUCGCUUUGAUUGUGGAUGGGCUGGCCGGGCAUUUGCAGACGAUCAGGCAACACGUGAUGGAGUCCACAAAAAGGUUACGUCCACUGGAAAUAUGACAGAGAAGAGCCUAGGUUUAGUACCGCUAGAUGAUAAGGCAAUUGCAUAUUUUCGUGAACGAAUGAUCUCUGAGGAAACUCUGCAUAGGAAUGGUGUUAUGCGACUUCUCGGUGACAAGCUUAUUAUUGCAUUUACUUAUAAGCAAAAGGGGCUUCUAGUUGGCUGCAAGUACCGAACCGUGGAAAAAAAGUUUUGGCAGGAGAGGGGUACAGAAAAAGUAUUAUAUGGACUUGAUGACAUAGUUGAUGCAGAUGAAAUCAUCAUUGUCGAAGGUGAAUUAGAUAAGCUGUCAAUGGAGGAAGCUGGCUUUCGCAAUUGUGUGAGUGUACCUGCUGGUGCACCAACAAAGGUUUCCAAUAAAUUACCAUCUUCCAGCAAGGACACUGCAUAUCAGUAUCUUCAGAACUGCAAAACGUACUUGGAUAAGGUUUCUCGAAUUAUCCUUGCAACUGAUGGAGAUGCACCAGGCCAAGCUUUGGCUGAAGAGUUAGCACGCCGUCUUGGAAAAGACAGAUGUUGGCAAGUGCGUUGGCCAGAGAAAGAUGAGUACAGUUGUUUCAAAGAUGCUAAUGAGGUUCUCAAGUAUAAGGGACCAGAUGCUUUGAAAAAGGUAAUUGAAAGCGCAAAGUUAUAUCGGUCAUCUAUUGAGGACCAAGUAACAGAAGGUAUAUAGGCCAGAUAUUAACAACCAAAAGUCUUUAACUUUACAGUGCAAGGAUACAUGCAGACCAUGAAAUUUUGUACAGAUUUCAAGUUGCAGUAGGCAGCAGUAAUCUCUCUUCCAUUUUGAUGGCCUGAGUGAUUUUGGAAAUGUAAUGUUGCUAUACAAAUUUGAGUACAGAAUAAAAUAGGUUAAGAAACUUGGGUUUGUUUGAUUGUAAAUGGGAAAGCAAGUUCUAUAGAUGUGCUUAUUUUGUAAUUUGACAGAUUAUUUUAUGAUAAGAGAUAUUCUUGUUACAUA